UUUGCCGCCAUUUUUGACUUUCUUGACCCUUGUCAAGGUUUUCGUUUCUGAAUCGUUGCAAUUUGACUCGAGAUGCCUCGUGAAAUUAUAACUUUGCAAAUUGGACAAUGUGGAAAUCAAAGUGAGUUUAAUUUCUAACGUUAAAAAAUAAUUUCCUAAGCUUUACCAGCUGGAUUUAGUGAUUGUGUACAUAUUGGACACUGGGUUAUGAUAUUUCACUCGUAAGCUUUUUCAUGGACCUCAUUAUGAGCUGUAAUUCUCAACGUAGCUCAUAUUAUUUCAUUCACUAGUUGGAAUGGAGUUUUGGAAGCAGCUUUGUGCUGAGCAUGGAAUAAGACCAGGUAAUUUUAUAAUAUGGUGCUCAGUUAUUAGUCAAAAUAUAUAAGCUUAGUUUUCCAACUCGAUUAUAUUGGUAUACGUUCCAUUAAUCGUAGAGAGCUUCUUUAUUCUAAUUAUUGAAAUCUAGUUUGUUUGCAGAACUGGUCUGUAGACUGAAAAUACUUUGUUGAUCGAGGGUUUUUUUUUAAGUCUCGAAAUUUUUAUGAACUGGUCUUUCUUGAUUUAAAGAUGGAAUCCUUGAAGAUUUUGCCACAGAUGGAACUGACAGAAAAGAUGUGUUUUUCUAUCAGGUACAGCAAGAAAAGCUACGUCAUAUUUUUAACAUGUAUGGAAAAAGAGCUUGUGUUAUUUACUGAUUUUAAGCUUUAACCCCGAAGAGUGAUCAGAAUCUAAUUUCUCCCAGCAUUAUUACCCCUGAAUCAAACAUUAAGGUCAUGAGAAAAGAAGAAGUGAUCACCAACUGAAGCAGUUCUUCAUUGUUAAACCAAUUCCCUUUGUACCUUUGGAAAUGUGUACUGACGUUACGGUGUAAAGAGUUAUAAGCAAUGUCUGUUAACCCUUUAACUCCUGGAAGUGAUUAACAUAAAACUUCUCCCUACAAUAUCCAUACAUUCUUCAGCAAACAGGUAAUGAGAAUAUUCAAACUUAUCUGUUAGACGCUGCUAUCGUGAUCUAGCACCAAGUUCCCAUAACUAAUUUACAAGGAAAUGUGUAGCAGCUACAGGGGAGAAUUAACAAUCAGAUCUUGGGAGUUAAAGGAUUAAUUCUAUUUUCUGUAGGCAGAUGAUGAACACUACAUCCCCAGAGCAGUUCUGUUAGAUUUAGAACCAAGAGUAAUAGAUGCAAUCACAUCAUCACCUUAUGCCAACUUGUAUAACCCUGAAAAUAUGUACACAUCCAAGCAUGGUGGAGGAGCUGGAAACAAUUGGGCCAGUGGAUACUCACAGGUGAUGGACAAGUUAUGCACAUGUUUACUUCCUUACAUUUGGACAUAAACCUAGAAAAUUGGGCAGAGUGAAGUCCUGUGAAAAAAAUGAUGGGAUGGAGCAAAUAUAUUCUUGGUAUAAUGUUGUUUGAAUAGAGGUUUUAAAAGUAUCAACUAUUUUUCAUUGGAAAUCGAAAAAACUGAAUGAAAAGUCAAGCCAAAGAACUGGUCUUUUCUCCAGAAAUUUCAUCCACAAGCCCCAGCUCCAUGCGCUUGAUCCAGUUCUCUUACCGCACAUCCAAGAAUACUGUACAUUACCUUUUCAAAUUUUGGUCUUCAUACUUUUUUAAAAAGAAGAAACUUUCAAUUUUACUUUGUCAGGCUGAACGUCUUCAUGAAGAAACUUUUGAUAUAAUUGACAGAGAGGCUGAUGGGAGUGAUAGUCUAGAGGUAUGGUAAUGUGUAUGUUUGAGUAGAAUUUAGUACCUUCACUCCACUCUCUUUCCUGUGUCAUUCUGAGAUUCUAUUCUGAAAGAUAUGGCUGUCUGAACACCUGAGUUAUUUAACAACAAGGUCAUUGGCACCCUGACUGACUUAAUCAAUCAUUUGCUAAGGUGACUGAUUAAAUUGAUUUUUUGCAGGUUGCCUAACCUUUUAUUUUCUUAACUGAUUGACUGACUGUUUGAUUGAAUUGUUAGCUUUGGGGCUAAAUGUCUGUCUUUUAGGCUGAACUAAGUACUGUCUUUAUGACAAACUGAUUUGCCUAUGGCUAACUAACUGGUGGACUGUUUAACUGAUUAUUAUUUGUUUGUUUUUGUAGGGCUUUGUAAUGUGUCAUUCCAUAGCAGGUGGAACAGGAUCUGGUAUGGGAUCAUAUCUAUUAGAAAAACUUAAUGACAGGUACAGUAAAAUUUUAAUGUUGCAGUUAAACGUAAAGGCUUUUAGGGAAUGCAAAUCAUAACAGCAAAUGAAACAAAGCUAGAGAUUUCUGCUUUAUCUUCUCUAGACUCUUUAAUUGGUAGAAUUAAGUUUUAUUGGAGUCAAUGAGGUUUGCAUAGCCCAUGUGUCAGCCCUCAUAGAUAUUUCCAAAGUGAGAGUAAUUUAGAGAAGUUCACAACUUGAUUUUUACUCAAUAUUUCUUUCAAUAGAUUCCCAAAGAAGUUGAUUCAAACAUACUCUGUGUUUCCACAGCAGGUGAAAAACUGUCUCUUAAUAAUUAUUUUUCUGGUUCUCUAAGUUUGUAGACAAAUUGCUGGAUAGUACAUUGAGCACUUUUUCAUGCGAUAGACUUGACAAUCCAUGUCAUAAUGGAUAAUAUGAUCACCUUCCAGAAGCUUUCCUGUUCUCUUGUAUUUCUGACAAUAAGUGUAUUGUUGUUUCACAGGAAGACAUUAGUGAUGUUGUAGUACAGCCAUAUAACUCUAUACUUACGCUCAAGCGACUCACUCAAAAUGCAGAUUGUGUGGUAUGUAUUAUGGACAAUAUUUUGCACCAACUUGUACAGGAAAUUGCCAGGUUACAAGCAGAAUCAAGAUAUAAAGGAUAGGAAUUUGUUAUCAGAAUUUUAGCAUAUAUGUAAUAUGAGCACAAUUUUCAAAAAGUAAGGUUAGAGUUUUGAAUCUCAAAAUGUACUCAUCUUAGUAUCACGAGUACUUUUGGAUUUUGGAGUUCAAAAUUAUAUGGUUUCUGGACCGUGGGUUAUCGUUUGAUGACUACAAUUUUGAUUUCAUUCAAAGGUUGUUCUUGACAAUACAGCUCUCAACAGAAUUGCAGCAGACAGGUUGCACAUACAAAAUCCAACAUUUUCUCAAGUAAAUCAACUGGUAUGUCAUGGCAUUUACCUUUACCUCAUCAUUUACUUUAUAUCAGCAUUUAAGAGUUCAGCCACUCAGGUUGGCCAAACCUUUUGAUAGAAGUUGUUGUUGAAAAAGAAAUUGGAUGAAAAAGUAUUGGUCUUGUAGGAAAGUCUGCUCUUCAAUCUUUGGUUCAAUGAGCCUGAACUCUUGGUUUUUUAAAGAGGGAAGGAGAUAAAAUCAAACCUUUCUAGACUUGGCUUAUGGCUAUAAUUUGCCUAAUGUUUUUUUGUAACAGGUAUCUACAAUCAUGGCUACAAGUACAACAACUCUUAGAUAUCCAGGUGAAUGAGUUGUUUAAAUCGUAGAAGUAGUGCUAACAAUGUUAGUGUAUGUUAGGGAAUAAUUUAACUUGGGUUGAAAUUGAUUUGACACCAUUUGAUACAAUCUCAAGGUGAGCUAAGGCUCACUGAUGAGCUGAUGAGCCAAGGCUUAGGCUCAUUAGUCAGUGACCGAGGAGAUGACACAGGGGUACUUUAAAGGUUAUACCCAAUGUGAUCCACUUUCUAGGCAUAUCUGCCUGCAUUAAAACUUGAGAAAAUCAUCAAUUUUUCUCUACCCUGACAGUAUGAUUCGUUCCUUUUAAAAAUAUGGUAAUUGAAAAGAUAGACAGCUAUACAUGUAGCUAUACUAUACCUACAUUUGAUAUGCAUACCUCCUUCAAUAAACAAGGCAACUGAAAGCAGUUGGUUGUAGAUUUUGUUCAUUCAUUCCUUUUAUAAACAUUUUGUUGCAGGUUACAUGAACAAUGAUCUGAUUGGUCUGAUUGCAUCUCUAAUUCCCACACCACGAUUACAUUUUCUUAUGACUGGGUACACUCCACUUACUACUGAUCAGAAGGUAAUUUUUAACUGUUUAGUUAAAUGGUCUUUUACAAGUGAUAAAAGCAGUGUGGCUAAAUCAAGCCACACAAGCAGACACCCUAAGAAAAAAGGGCAUCUGUGAUGGAAUUACAUUGUUAGCAGGGUUGGGUUGUUUAAAGCCAGGUUAAGAUAGCCAUUAAUGUGAAAUCUGGUUUCAUAUCUGAAAGAUUUUAAAUAAAAUUCAGUGUAAUUCUUUUUGUCCACAAUCUGAUUAUUGAAUGCUCUAUAAAGAAAAGGGAAAAUUAUCCCAAAAAGGCUUUUAAACAAAGGAAUAAAGAAACCUUGAUUAAAAUUUAACCCUAUUUUAGCACUAAUUGGCAUUUGAACAACUGGGCCCAGAUUAUGUAGCAUGAAGUAACUUUGAGUAGAGCUAUGUCUUCUGAAUGAGGGUCUUGUCUCUUGGGCCCAGUUGGAUAACAGGCAGAUAACACUAUCCAACAGAUAAAUUGUUAUCCAGCAGAUAAGUGAUAGCAAAAUGUAUAACGUUAUCCACUGGACAGACAUUUAUCCAGUGGAUAGUGAUAUCCAACCUCUGAACUACUGGGGCCUACAGGUUAUCUUCAGUUUUACAUCACUCUUAGAGGGUGCAUUGAGAGAGCUUAAACUAUAUUGCCAUUAUAUUAUCUCUCCUGGUUUCCUGUGUAGCUUUUUAUUGAUAGGUCUUAUCAUGCAACAUGCUUUCUAUGAUAAUAGAGACUAUUCCUCAAGGGGAUUAAACAAAGGUUGCAAAGAAGAUAAUCUCUCAGCUAGAUCUGAUGACAAUAAAAAAAAAUCUAUUAAUUUUUUCAUUUACAUUCCCUUUGACUUUCUUCUCUAUCUGAUUUUAAGGUGGCUAACAUCCGUAAAACAACAGUCCUUGAUGUAAUGAGGAGGUUGUUACAGGUAAGGAGAGCUGUCAUAACAAACAGGAAAAGAUGUUAUUGAUUUUUAAAAGUUAUGUACUAAACAAAUCUUUAAACAGUAGUUUUACCUAGAUGAAUAUAAAGUUGAUCUCCUUAUUGAGUUUUUGCUUGAAAUUUCUCUCUCUUUCUUUAAGCCUAAAAAUGUAAUGGUAUCGACACUUAGAGACAGGAAACACAACCACUGUUACAUCUCCAUUCUGAACAUCAUCCAAGGCGAAGUUGACCCCACUCAGGUACAUAAAUAUUACUUUAUCAGUUGAAUCAGAUGUCAUUUUCUUGGCUUAUUGAAAAGGCUAUUUCAGAGCAAGUGUUUUUUGUAUUCAAGGUUCAUAAGAGUCUACAGCGGAUCAGGGAAAGAAAGCUUGCAGAAUUCAUUCCAUGGGGACCUGCCAGUAUUCAGGUAAAAGACAAACAAGGUAUUGCUGGGUCCACUUGCUAAAGAAAACUUAUAAUUUUAAUCCAAUGACUGAUUCAGCUCGUUUCCUUUAUUUAUUCUCCUUCCACUUGACCUCACUGUCAAAUUGAAUUAUUAACUUGGUCACAUGACUUAUGCCCUGUGUGGGGUGGAGUGGGGUGGGGUGGGGUAGUUAUCUACCUCUUGCAGAAACAGUAUGCACACUUCAUUUGAUGCUGCUUGUUCUAUCUUGAUUUACUUUUGGUGACACUCCCCAAAUAUUUAAAUGUGAUCCACAAACUGCUUAAAUCAAGAGAUCAUCUGUUCCUGCUUGAAAGGCUAAACCUUGUACAUACAUAUACAUACAUAUACUUUAUAUAUUCGAGAAAAUAAGCAAAAAAAAUUAUAAAAAUAAUAAAUAAAUAAAUUUAAAAAAAACAUAAUGACAUAAUUUGUGACAUAAUUUGUUUCGUAAAUUCAGGUUGCAUUGUCAAGAAAAUCUCCAUAUGUACAGACAGCACACAGAGUGAGUGGACUGAUGUUGGCAAAUCACACAAGUAUAUCAACUGUAAGUCAAAUUAGAUUUCAGUUAGUGUUUUCAUUUUCGAAAUGUAGCAAAUAGCUGUUUAUUUGAUCAAAUAAGGAGCAAUUUCGCUUUGACUCACACCAACGCAUUUGUGAACAGGUAUUUGAAAAGAACUGCCGACUCUUUGAUAAACUUCGGAAGAGGGAAGCCUUCUUGGAAAAUUAUAAAAAGGAGGAGAUUUUUAAGGACAACUUCGACGAGCUAGAUGCUUCAAGGUGAGAAACGGGAACUUGCAAAGAGAAAGAAUCGUUUGUUAUUCCGAGGUUUAAACCCUUAGAUUAUAAGCGACGAAAUGGUCCCUCGGGGCCUCUUCUUCAUUUGGUAUGAGAGCCCAACUAGUUUAUGGGAAACGAAAGUGAUGCGCUCUAGAUCAGAUCGAUAAAUGUGUGCAUUGGUCUUCCUGUUACGUAGUUAUUUGAUACUUUGUUUCUUUUACAGAGAAGUUGUUCAACAAUUGAUAGAGGAAUACCAAGCCGCUACAAAAGCUAAUUACAUCAUGUGGGGAACUCAACAGCAGGUCAUUUAACUUCAUUAAAAGCGAUUACAUUAAUAACAGUGGGCUGUGCAUCAGACCCUAGCGUAGCACACUUGAAGCGAUAAUGAAGACAAGUUUUCCUUUAGUUAGACACAACUAUUAGCAAUGUUAACUUGCGAUAAGUUUUUUUUCCUAGUGUGAUAGGAAGGGGCUUUCAAUCAACAUCACAAUCGAACCUUUUUUGAUCACCAGUGUGGAGAGCAUGGAAUAUCAUCUGAUUAAUAUUUGAAGGAGAGGUGGGGGUUGCUAUGAGGGUCUAGGUAACGUUUACGCCAACUCCACCGUGUUCUUCUGUUAUACAUACUCUGUUAACGGUU